CGGAGGGCGCAGCACACCCAAGUGGACUCCCAUUUCCAUCACAUCAAAGCCACACACACACACAGCCGACAGGAUGAGGAUGCGCUCACGCGCUCUGCUCGUCCUCCUCCUCUGUUCUCUCCUCGCCGGCGCGGCCAACGCCGAGCCCUCUCCGGACCCGACGUACAAGGACUGCCACCCAGGCGACAAGGCGGCGCUGCUCGCCUUCAAGGCCGCCCUCGGGGAGGCCUACCACUUCGCGUCGUGGACGCCCGACAACCCCUGCUGCGACUGGUACGACGUCACCUGCGACCACUUCACCGGCCGCGUCGUCGGCCUCGCCGUCUUCCAGGACGCCAACCUCACGGGCACCAUCCCUAGCGCCCUCGCAGGCCUCCCCCACCUGCAGGACCUCACCCUGCGACACCUCCCGAGGCUCUCUGGCCCCAUACCGCCGGCCAUCGGCAAGCUCUCCAACCUCUCCAGCCUCCGCAUCUCCUGGACGGCCGUGUCUGGCCCCGUGCCGUCCUUCCUGGGCGCGCUCAAGAAGCUCACCUUCCUCGAGCUCUCCUUCAACUCGCUCAGCGGCGCCAUCCCGGCGUCGCUGGGGACAAUCCCCAACCUGUCCGGCAUCAACCUCAGCCGCAACCGCCUCACCGGCGCCAUCCCCCCGAUGUUCCUCAGCAAGUCUUCGGACCAGGUCUACCUCUGGCUGUCGCACAACAACCUCACGGGACCAGUCCCGGCCGGGUUCGCCGCCGUGGAGUUUGCGCACCUCGACCUGUCGCGCAACGCCCUGACCGGCGACGCGUCCGGACUCUUCGGCCGCGGGAAGGAGUUGCAGUACAUCGACCUGUCCCGCAACGACUUCGAUUUCGACCUAUCGGCCGUGGUGCUCCCAGAGCAGCUCUACUUCGUCGACGUGAGCCACAAUGCCAUCCAUGGCAGCAUCCCGGCGCAGGUCGCGAGCUUGUCCAACCUGCAGUUCUUCAACGUCAGCUACAAUAGGCUCUGCGGCCCAGUGCCGACCGGCGGCAACAUGGAGAGGUUUGAUCUCUACAACUUUCAGCACAACAAGUGCCUCUGUGGUGCUCCCCUCCCUGCAUGCAAGAAAUAGAUAGAACUGUCCGCUGGACAUGAAACAUAAUCCGGUGGGUUUGGCAGAAUGAUGAUAUUUCUAUGUCGAUCAUUUGGGCUAAUGUCUCCCUGGAUUAAGAGUUGUGCUGAAAUAAAGUCAAGAUGGUUGUGUGUGUCGGUGAAGUUAUCAGCUAGAUUUAGCACUUCCUCUGUUUUAACUGUCUGACAUCAUGAUUCAUCUGUGAUCUGUUGUAGCGGAAA